ACGUUCACUACCCCAGACUCAUGAAAGCACAAUCACUUCACAAGUACAUUUACUUAUUUACUACCAAGAUCCACCUGUCUUGAUAUAAAUUACACACAUAAUUAAAAGAGAGAUCCUCUCCCACUUGUCUUGCAACAAGGAUUUUAACUCUGAUAUUUUUUAUUUGAUUGGAAGUAGAGCUCACUUUAAAAAGAUGCAGAUGAGCUAUAUUCUGCUUUGUGUCUCUUUGUGUAUCCUGUCCUCUCAACUGUCACAGACCCAUGGGAUGACCCUUAGGGGUUUAGAGAAAAGAGGAUGGACACUGAAUAGUGCUGGAUAUCUACUUGGACCAUCACUUGAUUUGCCUAAAUCACCACAUCCAGAUGCACACAGAACUCUUACUGUACGACAUGGAGGCAGUGUUGGCAAGAGGGACAGCACAGAGGACUUCAUCCUGCCAACACAUCAGCCUUCAUAUAAAUCUGUUACAGAUGAGCCAUAUCUCCAAGCACUCAUCGAUUUUUUUAUGUAUCUGCGCAUGAAAGAUGAUGAAAGCACAGAAGACUUGAUCAGCUCUACAUUUACUGAUGACAUGACACGAUAGAAGGAAUGGCUUUCAUUUACCUUUUGUACUGAGCCAACACUUUGCUUCUUAUAUACAUUUGAAUUCCCAAAUAUAGUCCUUUGUAUAACUCUCAUUAAAUGCAAACAAAGCUCUUGAGCUCUCUUACUCCUUCUUUAUCAAUGCUACUCUAAUAAUAACCAUAGUAACAGUAGUAGUUGUAUUAGUUAUGUGUUAGUAAUUGACUUUCAUUUCCCAUAUCCAUUUCUUACAUCUACAUAAGAAUGUAUGCAUUUAAUGAAAAGUUGUUCUCACCUCUACCCUGAUCAGUCUAUCUGCAUAGAAGAUGUCAAGAAACAAAGAAAUAUAAUACUACAUUAAUAUUGAUAUGAUAUAUGAUAUAAACAUUAGCAUGAAAUAUUGGCACCUGUUUGAAUAACAUAAAACCUAUCUGAAAUAAAUAGAAUGGUGUGAUUACGUAGUGUACUCAGUGGACAUAUGUAUAGAUUGGUGGUUUUGCAACAUAAAACCAAGGAAUGUGUCUUGAUUAAAUGCAAUCUGUAUUAAAUACAUAAAAUUAUCUUCACCUCUGAGUAUUUCAUCUGGAGUGAUACACACUUUGGAUUAUGAUGAGAUGUCUUUUAAAGUAUGAAAAUGAUUUGCUUGAAAAUCUGUUCUUAUUUUAAAGGGGAACAGAGUAUGCAUGCAUGACUAACAAAGCAUAACAUCAUGGUUUAGAGCUGAAUGCAAUGACCAAAUUAGCAAAUGCAUUUUGAAGUUUCAUGCCACAACCCAAGGCUAAAUACUUGAGCACCACUGUUCUAGUUAAAAUUAAUAUAAAAAUGGUAAUGUAACAGUAAUUACCAUGUAAACAUGAUCUGCACGUUUGUCUACAUACUUGAUUAAUUCUAAUUGUAAUGAAUCUAAUUGAUAUUUUAGAUUGUAUGCUUACUUUUUAAUCUUUGGGUCAGCUGUCCAGUAAGUGUACAUAUGUAUAACAUGUUUACUUCUUCCUGUAAUUUUUGUACUAUAAAACACAUACUCAUGUUAAUCUUUUUGGAGAUUUGACCAAAGAACACAUCUGUAUGUUUUUAAUUUACAUUUAUGGUUUAUAUUUACAAAAUG